AUGCCUCCCAAAAAGGCCACAGCUGCCCCGAAGAAGCCCGCCGCGAGGGCCGCGAAAACCGCCGCCGCAAAUAAGACUGCCGAGGCACCUAAGGCUGUUGAAACUAAGACCGCUAAGACCACCGCCAAACCUAGUAGUACUGGUCGAGGGCGCCCAAAGAAAAUGACUACUGAAGUGACCACCAAGACUACCGCGAAGAAGGGAACCACCGAGACGGCGCGCAAAACAAAGAUCACUGCUACUACCAGCACCGCGUCCAAGAAGCGCAAGGCCGAUGAGGAGGAGGAGAAGCCUCGUGAGCCCAAAAAGCCUCGUGUCAUUGCUCAGCCGCGUGCGACAAAGCCUAAGGCUGUCAAGCCCAAGGCCGCCAAGCCCAAGGUUGUCAUCAAUGAAGCUCCCAAGACUCGGUUGAAUGUGUUUGUUUGUGGCGAGGGAAGCUCGGGUGAGCUUGGUUUGGGCACGGCCAAGAAUGUCAUUGAUGUUAAACGACCUCGCCUGAAUCAGCUUCUGGCCGCCGACAAAGUCGGUGUCGUACAGGUAGCCGUCGGUGGUAUGCACUGUGUUGCCCUGACCCACGACAAUCAGCUCUACACCUGGGGCGUGAAUGAUCAGGGCUCCCUGGGACGCGAUACCGCCUGGGAUGGUGGAUACAAGGACAUGGACGAUAACAGCGAUUCGGAUUCCGAGGAUGAGGAUAGCGGCUUGAACCCCAAGGAAUCCACGCCUACCGCGAUCCCUGCGAGCGCUUUCCCUGAGGGAACUGUUUUCGUUGAAGUCGCCGCUGCCGACAGCGCAAGCUUUGCUUUGACAGAUGAUGGCCUUGUUUACGGCUGGGGAACCUUCCGAAGCAAUGAUGGAAUCCUCGGAUUCGAUGCGAACAACCGCGUGCAGAACACCCCGAUCCUCCUUCCCGACUUGAAGAAUAUCAAGCACCUAGCUUGCGGUGCUAACCAUGUUCUUGCCUUGAACGACAAGGGAGCUGUGUACUCCUGGGGCUCAGGACAGCAGAAUCAACUCGGCCGCCGCAUCGUCGAGCGCAACAAGCUGCACGGCCUGCAGCCACGCGAAUUCGGACUUCCCAAGAACAUUGUGCACAUCGGUAGUGGAUCCUACCACUCCUUCGCCGUCCACACAUCUGGCAAGGUCUACGCUUGGGGUUUGAACAGUUUCGGUGCUACCGCCAUUCGUGAGGGCGCUGGUGAUGAUGAAGCAGCCAUUGUGCACCCUCUUGUUGUCAAGUCGCUCUCGGAGCGCAACAUCACUCAGAUCUGUGGUGGCUCCCACCACUCCAUUGCUCGCACUGCUGACGGCGAGUGCCUGGUAUGGGGUCGCCUGGAUGGGUUCCAGAGCGGCCUAAAGGUGGACACUCUCAGCGACGAUGCCGUUAUCAAGGAUGAGCGUGAACGUCCCCGUAUCCUCAUUGAGCCGACUAUCGUGCCUGGCAUUAAGGCCAAGGUUGUUGCCGCUGCUUCUGACCACUCACUUGCUAUUGAUGCCGAUGGCCGUGCUUGGUCGUGGGGCUUCUCUGCCACCUACCAGACUGGUCAAGGCACUCAGGAUGAUAUCGAGGUUGCUACCAUUAUUGACAACACUGCUGUCCGCGGCAAAAAGCUUAAUUGGGCCGGUGCUGGUGGCCAAUUCUCCGUGUUCACGAUGCCCGCCGACCUCUAG